UUUUCAGACAUAAUGAAUGCGUUUUCAAUCAUACUGCUUCUUCUCUCCGUUCUUCUAAUAAAUGCUCAAUUUCAGCCGAGAACAUCAAAUCGCGGAACAAUUUUUCGCCCAAUGACUCGUAAUUCUGGUAUAGUUGGAAGAAGAGGUGGCCCAGUUGCUCCGGCUCCGUUCAGAAAUAAUGUACAAAAACCUGGAACUAGACCACCCGGUUUCAAGCCACCAAGUGGAGUUGCCAAAAAGCUUAAUUCUGCAGUGGAUUUCAGAGCAUUGGCUCGGGUUUUGCUGAAACAAUAAUUUGUUCUAAUACAUUUUUGUUCUGCUUUAUAUAUUGCCAACUCUUUCAGACAUUUUCAAGUUUAAAAUACAAGAACAAACAAGUGAGGGUAACAACAAAAAUCAA